GCUCUUAAGGUUUUUUCAGAUGGAAUGGCAGAUCCUGAUAGCUAUGGGAAACAUGAGCGUGACGUUGAGCAAGCACUCGUUGCUUUGAAAAAAGGUACUCAACUAAUUAAGUAUAGCCGGAAAGGGAAACCUAAGUUUUGUCCAUUCAGAAUUUCUAAGGAUGAAACAACAUUGAUCUGGUACUCACAUGGAGAAGAAAGGAAUCUGAAGUUAUCUUCCGUCUCACGGAUUAUCCCUGGACAAAGAACUGCUGUUUUUAGGCGAUAUUUACGUCCUGAAAAGGAAUAUUUGUCUUUUUCACUUCUAUAUAAUAACAGUGAAAGAUCACUUGAUCUGAUCUGCAAGGACAAAGCUGAGGCAGAGGUAUGGUUAGCAGGCCUUAAGGCAUUAAUAUCUCCUGGACAACAUAGUAGACGUACUAGAAGUGAUAUUUUUGAUCUACAUAAUAGCAGCGACUUUAUUCAGAAUGGCCGUCCUUCUGGUGCAACAAUAGAGUUCACUUCAGGUAUUGCUCGAAGCAGGCCGUCUCUUGAUUCGAAUUCUCGUGAAUCUCCAUUGAAUUCAGCAAGCUCAGAUGUGGGGUCAGAACAUGCAAAAAUGCAACUAAGAACAAGUACUGGUGAUGGUGUCCGUAUUAGUGUUUCGAGCACCCCUAGCUGUUCUAGUGGAGGAUCUGGACCGGAUGACAUAGAAUCGUUGGGUGAUGUUUAUGUAUGGGGAGAGGUUUGGUGCGAUGGGAUUUCACCUGAUGGCUCUGUGAGCCCAAUUCCUACAAAAACUGAUGUGCUGACUCCCAAGCCCUUGGAGUCAAAUGUUGUUCUUGAUGUUCACCAGAUCGCUUGUGGUGUGCGACAUAUUGCUCUUGUAACAAGGCAAGGUGAGGUUUUUACCUGGGGAGAGGAAUCUGGAGGAAGACUUGGUCAUGGGAUUGACAGAGACUUCAGUCGCCCUCGUCUUGUUGAGUUCCUAGCAGUUACUAAUGUAGAUUUUGUUGCAUGUGGAGAGUAUCAUACAUGUGCUGUAUCUACAUCUGGUGAUUUAUUUACUUGGGGUGAUGGUACCCAUAAUACUGGACUUCUUGGUCAUGGCACUGAUGUUAGUCAUUGGAUACCUAAAAGGGUUACUGGUCCUUUAGAAGGACUCCAGGUUUUAUCUGUCGCAUGUGGCACAUGGCAUUCAGCUUUGGCAACUUCCAAUGGGAAAAUGUUUACAUUUGGUGAUGGAACAUAUGGUGUUUUGGGGCAUGGAGAUCGUGAGAGUCUCCCAUAUCCCAAGGAGGUACAAUCGUUGAAUGGACUGAAGACUAUUAAAGUGGCAUGCGGAGUAUGGCAUACUGCAGCCAUUGUAGAGGUUAUGGGCCACUCUGGUGUAAACGUUUCAUCUAGGAAGUUGUUCACCUGGGGCGAUGGUGACAAAUAUCGUUUGGGCCAUGGAAGCAAGGAUACUUAUCUUCUUCCCACCUGUGUCUCCUCACUUAUUGACUAUAACUUCCACCAGCUUGCUUGUGGACACACCAUGACUGUUGCCCUCACUACAUCAGGUCAUGUAUUUACCAUGGGCGGCACUGCAUAUGGUCAGCUAGGCAAUCCAAGCUCUGAUGGAAGGGUACCUUGCUUGGUACAAGAUAAACUAGUAGGUGAAUUUGUGGAAGAUAUAUCUUGUGGGGCAUAUCAUGUUGCUGUCCUGACAUCUAGAAGUGAAGUAUACACUUGGGGAAGAGGUGCCAAUGGAAGAUUGGGACAUGGAGAUCCAGAAGACCGUAAAUUUCCAACACUAGUUGAAGCAUUAAGAGAUAGGCAUGUAAAAAAUAUAUAUUGUGGCUCAAAUUUUACUGCAAGUAUAUGCAUCCAUAAAUGGGUAUCUGGAGCAGACCAAUCAGUUUGCUCUGGUUGUCGGCAAGCAUUUGGUUUUACUAGAAAGAGGCAUAACUGUUAUAAUUGUGGACUGGUGCAUUGCCAUGCUUGUAGUUCCAGAAAAGCAUUGAAAGCAGCAUUGGCUCCAACUCCUGGCAAACCUCAUCGGGUAUGUGAUUCUUGCUAUGCAAAACUUAAAGCUGCUGAGGCCGGUAAUUCUACUAAUGUAAAUAGAAAAGUUUCAGCCCCUCGCCGCUCAAUAGAUAGCAGGGAAAGAUUAGAUAGGGCAGAGGUAAGGUCUUCCAGAAUUUUACUAUCUCCCACUACAGAACCAGUCAGAUACCUUGAGAUCAAGUCAGGCAAGCCAGGGACAAGUUCGGAUUCUUCUUCUAUAGUCAGGGCUUCCCAAGUACCGUCGCAUUUACAACUGAGAGAUAUUUCAUUUCCAAGUUCGUUUAGUGCUUUUCAAAAUGCUUUGAAACCGGUUAUGCCAUUAUCACCUCAGCCUUCUAACUCAAGACCUGCUUCACCAUACUCGAGGAAACCAAGCCCUCCACGCUCUGUCAGUCCGGCAUAUUCGAGGAGUCUUAUUGAAAGUCUCAGGAAGACAAAUGAACUCCUGAGUCAUGAAGUGUCAAAGUUGCAAAACCAAGCUAGAAGUUUGAAGCAGAAGUGCGAUGCUCAAGAUGUGGAGCUUAAGAAGUCAUAUGAAAAUGCUCGACAAGCUGUUUCAUUUGCUGAAGAGGAAUCUUCCAAGUGUAGAGUAACCAGAGAACUUGUCAAGUCUGUCGCAAAACAGUUAAAGGACAUGAUAGAGAAGCUGCCCCCAGAGGUUUCUGACAGUGAAACCUUUAAAGCCAUCCAUUCUCAAGUUGAAGAUUUUCUAAACACAACUGCUACAUCUAAUAUUUCUUCUUCCUUGCCUACAAGCUUAGAGUCUGAUCAACAAUAUUCACUUCAUAAAACUCCAUCAAUCAAUGAGUCUUCUAAAAUGCUAGACAAAAGGAUAGCCCGCAUAGAUGUUGCAAGAGUUGCCAACUUGUCUCAGGAUGGGGGAAAUAUUCUUCAGGAGAGUAUUAGAUCACCAAGUUCUAAUACAAGAGCUGCUGUAUCUCAACAAAGCUCAGAAAAUGCCUCAAGAUUGCCCGGAUCUUCAACAAUGAGGAAUGGAGAAAAAGAAGUUAUUGAACAAUUUGAACCUGGUGUUUAUGUUACUGUCCUUUUACUUCCAAAUGGUACGAAAAUGUUCAAGCGAGUGAGAUUCAGUAAAAGAAGGUUUGAUGGGCACCAAGCAGAAGAAUGGUGGAGUAAAAACAAAGACAGAGUGCUUAGGAGAUACAGUCCAGCAACAGCUAAUCCUGCUCCAAUGGUUUCAUCUAGCACUUCAGCACCAACAAAUGAGGGAUCAUCAUCUACCACUCCAGCACCUGCAGAUGAAGGAUCAACCAGCACUCCAGCACCUGCUGCCGAGGAAAAUAAUGAGGCAUCAGCAUCUUCCCAAACUUAGUUUCUAACUUAGUCUCCUGCCAAUACUUUGUAGAAAGUCCAUUUAUGUGGCCAACUGCUUUUAGAUUGGCGGCAUUAAGGCCAACUGCUUUUAGAUUGGCGGCAUUAAGUCUCCAUUAGGUGUAAAACAUAUCCUUUGUUCAAAACAAAUUAGGGAGGACUUUAUUUCAGAAGAAUGGUACAGAAGAACAAACUCCAUAUCCACAGUGGAGAAACAAAGACCGUGAAGGUCGUGUAAUUAGAUGCAGAACAACUUACAUGUAAUUCUUUUAUUCAUUUUCUUCUUUUAUUUCUCUUCCUCUGCACUAUUUUUGGCAUCUAGUGAUUACCACCGUGGUUGUACAGAGUACUUUCUAGGUUUUCUA